UAAAUUAUGAGCUCAUAAUUUUUCCGCACGCCACAUUAGUAAUUUGUUAUUAAUAACUCAUUAUUAUUGAAGCGAAUAUUUUCUUCUUCCAUCAUUUCCAUGAAUUUAUAAGAACCAACAGUAUCAAAAGCAAUUUGCCGAGGUUCGUUAACGUUUGCAACCUUUCGCUGCGCUUAACAGUUUUGCAAAUAUGAACGCUAUCGCUUACCAUCACUACCACCAGAUAUCUCUCAUAACGCUUGAAGGAAAAUACGCGCUCUAGCUUUGUCGCGCUAAGAAAUGACAGUGAACAACACACUUGUCAAACUCCUGUCAACACUAUUUAGGUUUAGUGCCCGUAAUUAUAAUUAUUUAAAUAUUUCCAAGUAGCAAAAUAAAAGAAAUCACAUCUGCAAAAUGGCCACCUACAAUAAUCGACACUGGCUACUAUGUCACAUACGGAAUUCGUGCAUUUCCACUGACGACACUGGAAUGUGCGAGGCGGUGAUGCUGAGCGAUGACUUAGCCAAGCACUUCCUGAAGCGUGGUCAGCAGAAAAAAGUGGAAGAGACUGCGGAGGGAGCCGCGUACCGGACCGAGGAUCUCGCAAAAUUCGUUUGUUAUCCCGGACUCGACCAGAGCGACGACGAAGAUCUGGAUCCAGCGUCACAGUCGUUCGAUAUUCAAGUCUUCCCCGAAAUUGGGUCACAUCGAUAUCGCACCAACACGGCCCAAAAGCUGGAGAAAAUGAAUCAGGCGCGACGAAAAGCCGCGCGGAUUCGGAGUGUGAAAGUGGACGAUUCAACCGUAUCAGAGGCUACCGACACGGACAUUUUCGAAAGGAAGGAAGUGAAGCAAACACAAGCGCCGGACGACGUUAGCAAAAAGCCGCCGAUAAGUCGACUCUCGGAACAGUUGACUAUGUGCCCGAAGCAGUCACAGAACAAAUUUCUGCAGUACGCUCGGUUCGAUGGUACUUCACAGACUGGGAUUGCCACCAAGAAUCUCAGCAUAUUUCUCACAAUGCUUCCGGAAAACCUGCGAAAUUUUCCGAUGAAAGUUUGCGUGGCGGCGAACGCGACAAUCGAGGAAGUCAUAGGCUACAUCUGCUAUAAAUGCAGCAUUCAGUACCCCGACAUCCAGCUGCAGUCGGCUCGAAACUACGGACUGUAUCUCACCGAGGAAGACGGCGAAAUAGACAUGGACCUGCCCCCGCUAGACCUACGUGAGCCGUGCGCGAAAUUCGGAUUCACCCAUCUAGCCCUGACCGUGCGGAAGCCUAUCGCUCAGGUUGUCAUCGAUUACCGUUCACUUUCUAUGACCUCCGAGAUGGAGUCCGCCAGCGAGGCGGCCGUUGCAGCCAUACGUAGUAUUUCCAACAGUCAUUCCGAUGGCGACAUGGCGCGGAUGCUCGGCCACAACUCGAAGAUCGAGGCUCCACUCUACAAAACGUACAAUCUCAACUUAAUACACGGCCCCUUCAAAACCAAAGUACAAUUGGGAAUCUCCGGCGAGCGGAUAGAAAUCGACCCGGUACGAGUGCAGAAUUCGCGAUUCUUCAAAUUCCGUCCCGUCAACUUCAACAUUGAGUCUGUGGCGUACUGCGAGGUGGUCGAGAAGCAUCCGAUGAAAGCACAGAUUCGCCUGUGGUAUGUUGUGAACCCGCAAAGCAAGAACUUCACCGACGUGAUGCCAAACACAAGCCAAAACUAUCUCUCGUCGAACACUUCGUCGGCCAGCCCGUUGCAUCUUAAUCUCGCGCCUGCAGCAGAUAAUUUCAAGAGCUACGUAUUCGAAACCGACGCCGUAACUGCCAAUGAGAUAAACUCGAAAAUCAAUUUCCUGCUCGAGGUUCGAUCAAGUGCAAUACGGCGAGAAUUUCUUUUCAUCAAAGAGAAGAAACGCGAACGACCAUUGACUAAAAAGGUUUUCGGUAAAUGACGAGCGUAUUGCCUGUACUUUAUAAGUCUGUAAUUUUCUCAGUUCCGACACUAUUCUCGAUGGAUUCCUCUGUUAGAACCGCUAUCGCCAGUUCCAAUGGAACGUGCAACCCAAGGUGGAUAAUAUACUAAAAUACAAUGCAUUUAGCAUAUAUGUCGCCUCGCUACGAUCAUGAGUUGAAGAGUUUGCCAAGUUGCGCUCUUGAAACCCAAAAUGUUAACGAACGAUCAUGGAAAAUUCAAUUCGACUCGAAAAACAAUGUACGUCGUUUAUAUAACUAUAAAUGUAAUAAUGUUGAAUGUAUGGUCUCACCCAAGUGAAGCUUUUCGCUUUAAUAAAUUAGGUCUUAAGAUUA